AAUAAAAAUAUUCACACCUAUACGUACAAUAAUAAUAACACGGUUCUCUCUCUCUCUCUCUGCGGAUUUAUUGUCGUUAUUUAACUCGUGUGUGUGUGCGCGCGCCAUUCGAGCCAAGCUAAUCUCGCGCGUGUGUAGUAAGUUACGUGAGCCAACAGCCAAUAUAAUUCGAAUCGCAGUUUCGAACGAGCGACGCAGAAAAGAAAAAAAAAAUUCAAAAAAUUACAAAUAAAGAUACCGUUGAUUUUUGGUGCGCCCUGGUUGGUGCUGCUGCUGCUGCUGCGCCAAAGACCGUGUGUGUUAGUUUGUGCGCUUGCGAAUUCUCGAAAUCGAUCGGGGCACAUAGAGCAGCUCGUAUAUACACAAUACUCUCCGGUGUGGUGUGUUGCGAAUGAUCAGCAGCGUCUCUCUGUAUGCAGUGUGUCGUGUGUUGUGUGUGUCAUAAAAAAUCGUUUGCGCUUGUUACGACGUGUGUGCGACAACUAUCAUCAUAGAUGUAUAGAGAUACGUGCAACGUACGAGCCGAAAAAAAACAACAUAAAUUACAUAGCGAGAAACUCGCAUCCAUAGAAGCCAUCGCUCAUUGAAGUUGCUUUUUCAUUUUUUUUUUUGCUUCGCCUACCGAAAAAAGAAAAUUAAAUACGUCGUCAUCCCCGAUUCUCUCUCGGCCGGGUGACUAAUUUCUCGAGAUAGAAUAGUGGCAUGAGUCGAUUAAUCUAUGGCAGAUCAACAAGAUCAGUCGUCGUCCGGGGGGUCUGUAGAGAAGGCCAGUGCUUCAGCAGAUACCUCUAAAGCCAAGGGGAAAAGCUCAAGCAGUGGCGGAGCCGGUGGGCAUAGAAAACGACCUCACAAUUCUGUGCACAAUCCUACAGAAGAAAAACGACGGAGACCAGCUUUUAGUGAAACACAAGUACAGCCUGCAUCAACUCACAAGCAUCAACGCUCUGCAGAAUAUUCAAAAGGAGACAGUCGGUCAAAAAAUGAUAGAAGAAAUAAUGGUGUAGAAUAUGUAAAUGAUACAAAUUGGAGGCAGCAGCAAAGAACGCAUAAUUACAAUAGUGGAAAUAAUACUAGAGCACGUCCCUCAAGACAUAGUAUUCCUGAAUCAAAUUCAGCACCAUUAGAUUGUGUGGCUUCUCGCACUCGUUCGCGAACUCCUCAAAACUCACAAACUCUAAAUCACGGGUUUAGCAGUCACGAUUCCACUUUAUCCAGUGGUUACGGAAGCAUUAAUAGAAAAUCAACUUAUACUAACAGUCACUCAGCUUCUGGCACACCAGUUACAAGCCAUCCAUCAACAUCUAAAGGAAAUAGAGGUGGUAAAGGGGUAGCAGCAAGUAGCAGCAGCAACAGUGGUAACGUUGGAAUACCAGUAAGUCUGCCAUUACCGCAGCAACCUUUACAACAAUUACAACAGCAGCAGCAGCAGCAGCAGCAUCACCAGCAUUUAAGCGGCAACAACAAUAACGGCAAUAACAAUAACAGCAGUCUCCUAGGAGGUCUAGUAAGAGCUGGUGGAAGCGGCCUCAGAGUGGGUAACGCCGUCGGUAGCGGUCAGCCUGAGGCGGCGGCUGUAGCACUCAGCACUGGAGGUGCUACAGCCGAGACGGCGGCAGGAAGUGCCGCCGUCGCAACCGCCACAGCAAACACGAUUCAUCAAGCAGCGACGAGCAGCAACAACAGUGCCAGCAACAACAGCACCGCGAUUGGCUAUCAACACAAACAUCUACUGCGUUCGCGAGUCAAACUCGUAGACCAAGCCAAAGAUUUUUCGCCAUCGGUGCAGCAGUUGCUCGCGGCUCCGUCGUCGACGCAUCAAGCGGCUCCUGGCAUUGGUGGCUUGCCGCCCAAUAUUAAUACUAACCCAGCGACAAGUUCUGUAAAACACACAAGAUAUUACAGAAAAGAUCCCGGCAGCAGUUCCGGUUCUCGGCACCGAUCGACGUCGAGAAUUCGCAGGACAACAGUCAUCGAUUCAGGCGCCGACACGUUGCCAACCGUCGCGGCCGCGAUGUCGAGCGACGGACAGCAGCAGCAGCAGCAACAGCAACAGCAGCUGCAACCAGGAGGCAACAGCUCCAUGGCGCCGGACAGCAACAACGGCGCCCUGACCAGCGCCAGCAGCGGCAACAACAGCGCCAGCGGCACCAGCAGCAGCAGCAGCAGCAACAACGUGAACAUGGCACCGGGCGCGGCGGCAGCGCCGAUCGCCGCCCUGCCACAGCAGCAGCUCUAUCCAUUGCCGGUCGGUUUCCCCCCGACGUCGCAUCCCCUGGUCAUGCCGGCCUCGGGGAUGCUGAUCGUCGAGGAGCUACCGCCGCCCGUGCCGCACCCGCCACCGCCGUACGUGCCUGGCGGUGGACCGUCCGGCCUGGGUGCAGCCGCCGCUGCCGUUGCGGCCGCUGCAGCCACCGCCGCCGCAGCCACUACCGGCGAUAGCGAGAGCGACGAGGGCGAGGUGGGCCGACUGCAGGCCCUGCUGGAGGCUAGAGGGUUGCCGCCCCACGUGUUCGGCGCGCUCGGGCCCAGGAUGCAGCAUCUGCUGAAUCGCAGCAUGGGCGCCAACUCGGGUAUUUACCUGUCAAUUUCAGCCGCAAAAGCUCAACAGCUUUUAGCUGGAUUGCAAGCGGUAGAUGACGAAGGCGAGCAAUUGCAAGCCGUCAUCGGAAUGGGCGAGAUCCUGGUCAUGGGUAACGAAGACACACUCGCUGGUUUCCCCGUGAAACAGGUCGUAGCCGCUCUGAUCAAUCUGCUGAGCAUCGAACACAAUUUCGUCAUCAUGACACAUGCGUGUCGAGCAUUGACCUACAUGAUGGAAGCUCUGCCACGCUCAUCGACCGUAGUCGUCGAUGCAGUACCGGUUUUUCUGCAAAAGCUCGAGUCCAUCGAGUGCAUGGAUGUGGCUGAACAGUGUCUCACUGCUUUGUCGAUGUUGUCGCGUCGUCAUAGCAAAACUAUUUUGCACGCGGGUGGCGUUUCAGCGUGUUUGAAGUUCGUAGAUUUCUUCAAUAUAGCUGCCCAACGCUCAGCUCUUACUAUAACAGCAAACUGUUGCCAAAAUUUGCACCCUGAUGAUUUCCAUCUUGUCGUCGACAGUCUACCACUUUUAACUAGUAGAUUGACUAAUCAGGACAAAAAGAGUGUGGAAUGCGUUUGCCAGGCGUUCAGUCGCCUGGUCGAAAGCUUCCAACACGACGAAGUCAUGCUAUAUAAAAUUGUCAACGCCGAAUUGUUACAAAACUUGCAACAAUUACUCAUGAUCACUCCACCGGUCAAUAGCAUUGGAAACUUCAUUACCGUACUACGAAUGCUUUCUGUGAUAUCCAAUCGCUGCUCUGAUCUAGCGACAUUGUUGCUUCAACAAAACAUAGCAUUUACACUGAGCUAUCUUUUAACUGGUUCCUUGGAUGUGAAAGUUGAAGAUGUUGAAUUAGUCCCGAGAUCGCCACAAGAAUUGUUUGAGAUAACCAGUUUAAUCGAAGAAUUGAUGCCACCCUUACCCACCGACGGAAUUUUUAGUGUAGAUAGUCUACUCGAUAGAUCAAGUAAUCAACAAGAAACCGUCACCUGGGAGUGGCGUGACGAAAGGCAGUGUUUCCACCCAUUCAGUACAAUUGAUUCUAAAAUCAUUGAGAUGGCAUUUCAGAAUGGAGAAGAUGAAAUUUGUUUAUCGACACUUGGACGAACUUACACAAUAGACCUUACUGUGAUGAAACAAAUAAACGAAGAUAUUGGAGUAGCAAGAAGCAUAUUCCGAAAAGUGAACACUCAGCAAACUGAGGGUGAAAAUAUACCCUCCUCGCUCAAUAAUUCUUCUGUUGUACCCCUCGUAGUCAAGACAAAUGAAUGGGUAACAAGUUUUAUAAAAACUCUGUUCUCUGUCUUGUAUGAAGUAUACAGCAGCUCUGCAGGACCUGCAGUGAAAUGUAAAUGUCUCAGAGCCUUAUUGAGAAUGUUAUAUUAUUCUCCAAGUGAUCUCUUGAAAGAAAUGCUGAAGAACCAAGUAGUUUCAUCGCAUAUAGCAGGAAUGCUGGCCUCGCAGGACUUAAGAAUAGUAAUUGGAGCUCUUCAAAUGGCAAACAUUCUCAUGACCCGACUCCCUCAAGUUUUUAGAGUCCAUUUUCAUCGGGAGGGAGUUCUGCACCAAGUACGUCAGUUAACCGAUCCAGAUAUUCCUCUUGGAGUAUCGCCACCCAAGUGCUCUUCUGGUACAUUACCAAGUCCGCAACCAGGACCAUCGAAUACUCCUCUAGCUUCCAGUAUGACAUUGUCAUCUAGCAGUGCCACAUCACCAGUUGCUUCGCCAACAACGAACGGUAAUAUAAUGUUUGGUUCGGUCGCUACGAGUCAAAUGAAGCCGAAUCUCGCUGCUACCAUGGAAACUCGCAGUAGAACCGAAUCCAGCGUCAACCCAGAGGACAACAGCACACCGCCGAAUGCUCACAUGAAGAUCGGUGACGUACUGAAGAGGAAACGCCAAAACAAGAAGGGUCGCCUCUCGCGUCUCGGUAACAAUUCUUCGGUUCAGCCGCCACCGCCGCAGCAAGAAUCAUUGUUUACGGGUUUCACGCCCAAAAACAAUCGUUUCCUUGGCAAUUUGAAUCCAGCUCGUUGGGGCAAAAAAUCAUCUUCGCCCAGCAACUCGAACGACAAGCGAGAUUCAACGUCAUCUGCCAGUCUGUCCAAGCCACCUAGUAAUCCUAAUCUUACUGGUGGCAACCGAGAGAAGGCUAAAGCGUGGGUCAGAGAAGAGGCUCAACAAUUCCUCACCCGUUACCAGUUGGAUACGCCGUGUUCUCAUCCAGCUCUCACAGUUCUUUCCAGACUAACUGCAGCAAUUCAGCGGCUCCAGUCUCCGGAUUCUGAUGAAAUGUACUCUGCAUUAACUGAAUUGCGCGAUGUCAUUUUAGAAAGUGAUAUAUCACCAUUUGAAAUGAAUCACAGUGGUCUUAUUAAAGCUCUACUAAAUUAUCUCACAAUGGAAGGUAACGGAAGCCGCCAAGAACGAUUGAAGACAUUCUGGAAGCUGUUUGCUGAAUCAACAAUGCAAACAGAAAAUCUCGUCGAUUAUAAUCCAGGAGCUUUCGGAGCUCUCGUUUCAAAAGUUAGUAGUUGUGCCUCGCAAUUAGAACAGUUUCCUGUUAAAGUACACGACUUACCAGCUGGCUCUGGAGUUGGAAGAGGCGGAACAAGUGCUCUCAAAUUCUUUAACACACAUCAACUCAAGUGUAAUUUACAACGUCACCCAAGUUGUAACAAUCUGAAACAAUGGAAAGGAGGUACCGUAAAAGUAGAUCCUCUCGCUCUUGUACAAACGAUAGAACGCUAUCUGAUGGUGCGAGGAUAUGGAAGAAUCCGCGAUGCCGAUUCGAUGGUCAGCGACGACGAUAACAGCGAAGAUGAUAUUGAUGAUACACUAGCUGCCGUAGUCAUUAGUCAAGGUUCUGCGAAACACAAGUUGCAGUUUUUGAUUGGUGACAAAGUGCUACCAUUCAAUAUGACGGUUUAUCAAGCUGUAAGACAAUUCAGCUGCUUUGGUAUGGAUAGUGUAGAAACAGAUGCUGACAGUGAACCUCCACUAGGCCAUGAUGCCGUUUGGGUGCAGACUCACACGAUAUAUUACAGACCUGUACCCGAAGAAGAAUCAGCCUCUAGUUCAAAACAAGGCUCAAGUUCACAGUCGAGUAGUCGCAAAGGCAAGGGCAAAAGCACGAAAAUCAGUUCGAAGCGCAAAGAAGACUGCCUGUGGCUUGAGGGUGCGAUUCCACAACAAAGAUGUCCGCUCACUCCAUUCUUAAUGCCGACGCUUCCAUCUGUAGUCACAAUCAGCGAUGCCGCUCUCGAUGGCCUUUGCUUGCUGCGAUUACUUUAUGCCCUAAAUCGUCAUUGGAGCUUACUUUUCCCGCAUGCGAAGAACAUCAGUCUGUUAACAACACCGGAAUUCAUCAACAAUAAAAUUGCAGCCAAAGCAAGCCGACAAUUACAAGAUCCUCUUGUCAUCAUGACCGGUAAUCUGCCGUCGUGGUUGCAACAAAUAGCUUCAGUUUGUCCAUUUUUGUUCCCGUUUGAGACGAGGCAACUGCUGUUUUACGCGACGUCGUUCGAUCGCGAUCGUGCACUGCAGCGACUUCUUGAUUCGGCACCGGAACUCAGUGGAUCUGACAGUCAGGAACGAGUUACACCAAGACUAGAAAGAAGAAAGCGAACCAUUUCUCGAACAGAUAUCCUGAAACAAGCAGAGCAGGUUAUUCAGGACCUGGCGUCGAGUAAGGCUCUUUUGGAAGUGCAAUAUAUAAAUGAGGUUGGCACAGGUCUUGGUCCAACUUUAGAAUUCUACGCUUUAGUUUCACGUGAGUUGAUGCGUGCUGACUUAGAAUUGUGGCAUGGUAGCUUAAAUCCAACAGAACAAGGUUAUGUACAUAUCAACCAAGGGUUGUUCCCUGCACCAAUCCCAUGGAACACGAAAGUAUCACAGCUCGCCAAAUUAAAAACUAAAUUCAAAUUCUUGGGUAAAUUUAUGGCCAAGGCAAUUUACGAUUCUCGAAUGCUGGAUCUACCAUUCAGUUUAACUUUCUACCGAUGGUUACUGGCUGAAGAACAUGCAUUGAAUUUAUCAGAUCUGGCUCACAUCGAUCGAGAUGUAUACAAUUCAUUGAGCAAAUUACAAGAAGUCGUUAAAAGGAAAGAGGAAAUUGAUCAAGAUUCAACAUUGAAACCUACAGAAAGAGCUCAAUUGAUUGAAGUCUUAGAUUUAGAUGGCUGUCCUAUAUCAGACCUUGGACUCACUUUCCAAUUACCUGGUUACGAAAAUAUCGAAUUGAGAAAAAGCGGAGGCGAUAUGAAUGUUAAUAUACACAACCUGGACCAAUACAUCAAACUUGUUGUACACUGGUUCCUUUAUGAGGGUGUGUUCCGUCAAAUUGAAGCGUUCCGCGAAGGAUUCGAGUCUGUUUUCCCACCUUCACAGCUCAGAUUGUUCUUCCCUGAAGAACUUGAAGCUGUAUUUUGCGGACAUUCACAGUCAGGUGGCAAAUGGGACAUUAAAACAUUAUCAGAAUGCUGUCGAACUGAUCAUGGUUACACCCCAGAUUCACGAGCAAUUCGUUUCUUGUUCGAAGUCAUGGCGGAAUACGAUAGCGAAGAGCAAAGACAGUUCAUACAGUUCGUUACAGGAUCUCCUAGGUUACCAGUUGGUGGAUUCAAGAGCUUAUCGCCUCCUCUAACGAUAGUUCGUAAAACGUUUGAUCCCACAAUGAAACCAGACGAAUUUUUGCCAUCAGUGAUGACUUGUGUCAACUAUUUGAAACUGCCGGACUAUUCUACGAUAGAAAUCAUGCGAGAAAAGCUGAGGAUAGCUGCACAGGAAGGCCAGCAUUCUUUCCACCUAUCCUAGAAAUCGACAAGCAAAGUGGUUAACUAUUCCCGUUUUCGUUAUAUUUGGCUCUGCUUAUUGAACAGUGUUUUAAAAAACCAAUUAGAAAGAAUUUUAUUAUUUACCAUAACAGCAGAGACCAUACGAAAAACAGUGAAUAUUUUAAAUAAUUUACGAGAUUUGUUUGCCUUUGAAAACAUUAACAUCAUAACUUAACUUAAAUACUUUCUUGUCAAUAUUUCAUUUUACGAAUUCCAAUUUAGUGUUCAUUUUUGUAUGUGUAAUUUGGAGUUGUGAUAUACAAUAAUUUUAUCCGACUAUAUAGAGUGAGACAAAAACUAUGAUUUGAGAAACAAGAGGCGUGUUAAUAGUGAGCCAGGAAAGCUGUAUAGAUUAAUCAAACAUGGAUAAGUUUACUGGUUCUCUUGAUGUGCGAUUAUUGUGUGAUGCAAUUAAAAAUUAAAAUUGUUAGAAGCAGCAAGAGAAAACAAAACAUUGUACAUAUGAAGCAUAUUAUCUCUAUAUAGUUUGAUAUACACAAGUCUAUAUAAAUACUUUAUAUAAUAUAGUAAACGAAGUAACAAAUACAAAAAACGGUACCACUCAACAUAUGAUAUUUAAAUUAGUUGAACUGUAAGCUACGAUACUGUGAGAGGACUUUCGUUAGCUGUAAGUAAAAAAAGUUUUAUAUAUAUAAAAUGAUCGUCGAUGCAUCUAGCGUCUUCAUAAAUCAUCGUCCAUCUCCUAGCCUCGUUUAGAGCGACUUAAAGUUGGAAAAUAAUGCGUUCAUCGUGGCGAGACCGUGCAGAGUAAAAAAAAAUAAGAAAAGACGUUAGUUUAAGUCAUGUGCUACAUCGAGCUAGUACAUAAUCCGAAAUAAAAAAGGGCUUGAGAGGACGACCAAUCCAAGCGUACAUUAAAUAUAAUAUAUGAUAAAUAGGAGUAACAUUGAGUCUCAUAUUUGUUGUUCUCUUUUUUGAAUAUUUUUUUUUUUGUAAUCGAUCUCUUGUGUGUGCGUCGUUGUCGUUGUUAGAAUACCGAAUACCUAUACCACGGAUAUGCGAUGCACAAAAUAAAAUGUUAUGUCAUUCUACAAGUCUAAUUUUUCCUGUGUAUCAUUAUUUGAUACUUCAUAAGUAGCUCUUGAGUAGUUUGACCAGUCGAGCAUAAUAUGCAGGUCGUAGUUGCGACCAGUAUCACACGGUUUAUCAGUUUACUACGGAACAGUAAAGUUUUUAAACAUUUUUUUUACAUAAUAAUUCAACGUUAAAGUUACGUAUAUUUUUUUGUUUUUUGCAAAUGGACGAUGUAAUAUGUGCUUAAAUAAGUAAAGUCUGUGUCUUUAAAAUUUCUGACAAUUUAAAAUAAAACUAUAAAUUUAAGUUCAACGUGAACAUAAUGAAGAGUGCGAAAUAGCGUGGGAAGCGCCGGGCGUGCUUGGUAUGUUUUUUUUUUAUCUGAUACUGUUGCAGUUUCAAUUACUCCUGGCAAUGUUAAUCAAUAUGUUAUUGUAUAGUCAUAAUAAAACGAACAUACAGUUAUUUUUUCAACACUUUAGUAUGAUAAAUGUUGCAAGUUUUAAAGCAAAUGCCCAGAGAAAAGAACCAAGUACACAAAAA